AUGUUUUGUUUCUUUCUUUCCUCUCUUUCAAUAUGUUUUGUUUCAUUCUUUCCUCUCUUUCAAUAUGUUUUGUUUCUUUCUUUCCUCUCUUUCAAUAUGCUUGUUUCUUCCUUUCCUCUCUUUCAAUAUCUUUUGUUUCUUUCUUUCCUCUCUUUCAAUAUGCUUGUUUCUUUCUUUCCUCUCUUUCAAUAUGCUUGUUUCUUUCUUUCCUCUCUUUCAAUAGAUUUGUUUCUUUCUUUCUUCUCUUUCAAUAGAUUUGUUUCAUUCUUUCCUCUCUUACAAUAUGUUUGUUUCUUUCUUUCCUCUCUUUCAAUAUGUUUUGUUUCUUUCUUUCCUCUUUUUCAAUAUGUUUUGUUUCUUUCUUUCCUCUCCUUCAAUGAUUUGUUUCUUUCUUUCCUCUCCUUCAAUGUUUUGUUUCUUUCUUUCCUCUCUUUCAAUAUGUUUUGUUUUUUUCUUUCCUCUCCUUCAAUAUUUUGUUUCAUUCAUUCCUCUCUUUCAAUAUGUUUGUUUCUUUCCUCGUUUUCAAUAUUUUCUUUCUUUCUUUCCUCUCUUUCAAUAUGUUUUGUUUCUCUCCUUACUUUUUUUUCAAUAUGUUUUGUGUCUUUCUUUCCACUCUUUCAUUAUGUUUUGUUUCUUUCUUUCCUUUUUUUCAAAAUGUUUUGUUUCUUUCUGUCCUCUUUUUCCAUAGGUUUUGUUUCUUUCUUUCCUCUCUUUCAAUAUGUUUUGUUUCCUUCUUUCUCUUUUUCAAUAUGUUUUCUUUCUUUCUUUCCUCUCUUUCAAUAUGUUUGUUUCUUUCUUUCCUCUCUUUCAAUAGGUUUUGUUUCUUUCUUUCCUCUUUUUCAAUAUGUUUUGUUUCUUUCUUUCUUCUCUUUCAAUAGAUUUGUUUCAUUCUUUCCUCUCUUACAAUAUGUUUGUUUCUUUCUUUCCUCUCUUUCAAUAUGUUUUGUUUCUUUCCUUCCUCUUUUUCAAUAUGUUUUCUUUCAAUAUAUUUUGUUUCUUUCUUUCCUCUCUUUCAAUAUGUUUUGUUUCUUUCCUUCCUCUUUUUCAAUAUGUUUUGUUUCCUUCUUUCUCUUUUUCAAUAUGUUUUCUUUCUUUCUUUCCUCUCUUUCAAUAUGUUUGUUUCUUUCUUUCCUCUCUUUCAAUAGGUUUUGUUUCUUUCUUUCCUCUUUUUCAAUAUGUUUUGUUUCCUUCUUUCUCUUUUUCAAUAUGUUUUCUUUCUUUCUUUCCUCUCUUUCAAUAUGUUUGUUUCUUUCUUUCCUCUCUUUCAAUAGGUUUUGUUUCUUUCUUUCCUCUUUUUCACUAUGUUUGUUCCUUUCUUUCCUCUCUUUCAAUAUGUUUUAUUUCUCUCUUUCCUCUCUUUCAAUGUUUCAUUUCUUUCUUUCCUCUUUUUCAAUAUGUUUUGUUUCCUUGUUUCUUCCCUUUCAAUAUGUUUGUUUCUUUCUUUCCUCUUUUUCAAUAUGUUUCUUUCUUUCCUUCUUCUCUUUCAUUAUGUUUUGUUUGUUUGUUUGUUUCUUUUUCUUGUUUUGUUUCCUUUUUAAUCCUUCUUUCAUUCCUGAAUUUAUAUUUUUAUUUCAUUUAUUUGCUUUUUCGUAUAAUUCUUUUCUUCUCUUUCAGUUUUUUCUAUCUUUCAUUUAUCUCUCUUCCUUUUUUUCAUUAUUUUUCGUUCGUUUUUUGUUCAGUUUCUGUUAUUCUUUCUUUCUUUUGCUUGUCUUGUAUCUUCGUUUCUUUAUUUUUUUAUUUUCCAUUUUUUUGUUUUUCUUUUUCUCUCUUGCUUAUUUUUAUUUCCUUCCUUCUUUUUCCCUUUUACUUUUUAUAGGCUUCUUUAUUUUCAUUUUCAUAAUUCUUUCUUUUUCUUUCUUUUUUUUCUUCAUUUCUAUUCUGCAUACACUUUCUUCAUUAUUUUCCGUACUUCAUUUUUUCUUUCCUCUCAUUUAUUCAUUUAUUGAUCGCCCAUUCUUUUUUUUAUGUUUUCUUAUUCUCUUUCAGGUUUGUUUUCCUUCAGGCUUUUUCUUCUUUUUUCAUCCGUUAUUUCUUUUUUUGUUCUCUUCUUUCACUUCUUUUCCUUUCUUCUUUAUAUGUUUUUUCUUUGCCUUAAUUUUGCGCCUUCUUUCUUCUUCUUCCUCUCUUUCUGAUUUCAUUUUUUUCUUUAUUCUCUCUUACUGUCUAUCGGUUAUUAUUCUUUUCUCUUUCUCAUUCUCAUUUAUUACUGCCUUUUCUUUUUUCCAUUUUUUCUUCAGUUAUUUCUUUUUCUUUCUUUUUUUCUGCUUUUACCCUAUAUUAUUUCUUUCGCUUUUACUUCGUUUUAUUUUCACUUUCUUCUGUGCUUCGUUCCGUUUUCUGCUUUUACCCUACAUUUUACCUAUCUUCGUCCCCUUUUCUUCCUUUCUUUCUUCUUUCCUUCCUUUUUUCAUUCUUUCUUUCUUUCUUCCUUUUUUUCUUUCUUUUCAUUAUGUCCGAUUGUUUUUUUUUCUCCUUCACUCGAUUCUCUCUCUCUCUUUCUUUCUUUCUUUCUUUCUUUCUCUCUCUCUCUGUCUCUCUCUUUGUGAGAUGCCACAUUUAGUUGAUCACUAUCUCGUGGUCAUUGCAUGCAUGCAUCUAUCUAUCUAUCUAUCUAUCUAUCUCAGUCUGUCCAUAUCUAUCUAUCUAUGUAUCUAUCUAUCUAUCUAUCUAUCUAUCUAUCUAUCUAACUAA